GCUUCUCAAACAUCAUCACCAAUAAGAAUCAACUUCUGCUGCACGUCCUUCCAUCUCUGCAGGGCGUUGUCGGACAUAUCCAACACCGUGAACAUCCAAGAUCUCCGGCAACCCUCCAAAAUGACCGUUCCUGUGGGACCCAUAUUCUUCUCCAACCUCUUCUUCUUCCUCUCCAACCUCUUCUUCUUCUUCGUCUACCCAACCCAACAGGUCUCAAUCUCUAUCUCCCCCACCGUCCUCAACAAAUCCGGCGACUCCGUCGUCGUCCGGUGGUCCGGCGUCCAAUCCCCUUCCAAGCUCGAUUGGCUCGGCAUCUAUUCCCCACCUUCCUCCAAACACGAUCACUUCCUGGGCUACGUUUUCCUCUCCUCCUCACCCACAUGGGAAUCCGGGUCGGGCAACGUGUCGAUCCCCCUGGUCAACCUUCGAUCCAACUACUCCUUCCGGAUUUUCCACUGGACCGAAUCCGAGGUCAACCCAAAACGCCAGGAUCACGACCACAACCCACUACCCGGCACGGCCCACCUGCUCGCCACCUCGGAGGAGCUCGGUUUUGAAUCGGGUCGUGGGCCGGAGCAGGUCCAUUUGUCGUACACGGACCGUGACGAUGAGAUGCGGGUCAUGUUCUUGACAGAGGAUGGUGGGGAGCGGCUGGUGAGGUACGGGGAGGGACGGGACUCGCUUGGUGACGUGGCGGUGGCACGGGUGAGCAGGUACGAGAGGGAGGACAUGUGCGACUCCCCGGCGAAUUCGAGCAUUGGGUGGAGAGACCCUGGGUUUAUCCAUGAUGGGGUUAUGAAGAAUUUAAAGAAUGGUGUCAGAUAUUAUUAUCAGGUUGGAAGUGAUUCUAAAGGUUGGAGUGCAAUUCACAGCUUUGUGUCACGGAACAGGGACUCCGAUGAAACAAUUGCUUUCCUGUUUGGUGAUAUGGGAACUUCAAUACCAUACUCAACAUUUCUUCGUACGCAAGAGGAGAGCAUAUCGACUGUAAAGUGGAUCCUCCGUGAUAUUGAAGCUCUUGGUGACAAGCCUGCUUUUGUUUCACACAUUGGUGAUAUCAGCUAUGCAAGAGGUUACUCAUGGUUGUGGGAUCAGUUUUUCACUCAGAUUGAACCUGUUGCAUCCAAAGUUCCGUACCAUGUGUGCAUUGGUAAUCAUGAAUAUGAUUGGCCUGAACAACCUUGGAGACCUGAUUGGUCCAUGCCAAUCUACAGGAAAGAUGGAGGUGGUGAAUGUGGUGUACCCUACAGCCUUAAGUUUAACAUGCCUGGGAACUCUUCUGAACCAACUGGAACUCGUGCUCCAGCCACGCGGAACCUUUACUAUUCAUUUGAUAUGGGGUCAGUCCAUUUUGUAUACAUGUCGACCGAAACCAAUUUUCUACAGGGAAGCAAACAAUAUGAGUUCUUAAAGCAUGAUUUGGAGUCGGUUGAUCGUGGCAAGACUCCUUUUGUGGUAGUCCAAGGACACAGGCCGAUGUACACAACAAGUAAUGAAAAUAGAGAUACUUCUUUAAGGGAAAGACUGUUAGAGCACUUGGAACCUUUGUUUGUGAAAAACAAGGUAACCCUUGCAUUUUGGGGUCAUGUCCAUAGAUACGAGAGGUUUUGUCCAAUAAAUAACUUUACUUGUGGAAGAACGGGCCUUAAUGGGGAUGAUUGGGAAGCAUUUCCUGUUCAUGUUGUGAUUGGUAUGGCAGGACAAGACUGGCAACCUAUCUGGGAACCAAGAAAAGAUCACCCAGAUGUCCCAAUCUACCCACAACCUAAGUACUCUAUGUACCGAGGUGGAGAAUUUGGGUACACUAAAUUGGUUGCUACAAAGGAGAAGCUUAGACUUUCAUAUGUUGGAAACCACGAUGGAAAGGAGCAUGAUAUGGUGGAGAUUCUAGCAUCUGGACAAGUUCUCAGUGGCAGCAAUGGUGGAGGUGAUGUGGAUAACAGUAUUGACAUUGCUGAAGCCAGGAGUAAUGUUAAAGACGAGGACACAUUCUCUUGGUUUGUCAAAGUAGCAAGUGUUUUGGUGCUUGGGGCUUUUAUAGGUUAUAUUCUUGGUUUCGUUUCACAUGCAAGGAAAGAGGCUGUCUCAAGAAAUAACUGGACACCUGUUAAGAGCAGUGAGGAUACAUGAAUUAGAAGAUCGAAUUUGAUUCCUCCUGUACUCCAAACCUGCUUGUAGUUAGCAUCAUCACCUCUUAGUUUGCGAUAUGGAAGGGGGCUUUGCUAUUGUUCAUUGUUGCAAGCCCGGAAAACAGGUAUGAAAUAAUCCAAACUUUUGUAACUGUAUUACUGCAAAGACUGAAAACUUCUCUGUAAAUAUUCAAAGAUUUUCUUCGUUUGUAAUAUGAUAUUUAGCAGUGGCAUGUAAAAUGAGGUUUAUGUCCUUGUAGAUGAAUACUACUUUGUGCCUUAUUGUAUUUCUGUUUUGUUCAGCAAUAAAAGAAAAACCUUAACAA